AUGGCGAGUUCAGCAACGACUACUUCGACAACUCUAAGUUCUGCAAGCACGACGGCUACCACAAACUCAAUGCCCCUCUCCUCGAGUACAACAAGCCGCGUGACUUCAACGUCAACCUCAGCAAUGACCACCUCAACCUCGACUACGGGCACCAGCUCAAGCACGGCUGCGGUCACCAGUUCCACUUCUACAAGCAGCACUACUACCUCCACUGCUCCCACCCAGUCUUACACGGUGGUCGCAGGCGACUUUGGUUGGGCCAUUGCAGACAAGAAUGGUUGUUCCUUUGAUGCCCUAAAUGCUGCCAAUCCCGGUAUCGACUGGGACAAUUUGCAGAUUGGGCAGACUCUGAACCUGCCUGGGCAGAUCUCUGACUCCUCAAAGAUGAUGACAGGUCCGAUUGGCUCAAGCUCGGGCGUCGCUUCUAGUUCGACAACUACGACUCAGCCGUCCUCUUCCUCGACAACGUCGUAUGCUCCUGGCUGCAUCUCUGGUUGGGGUUGCGGCUGGGGUGGCUAUCCUGUUCCCCCGGAGUCCUCGAGCACCAGCAACGCCCCAUCUGGAAGUCUGGCAAGCACCUCUGACUCAACAUCUACUGGCUCAAGCCCCUCGACUUCAACGGCGUCCCAGCAGAGCUCAUCGUCAAGCAUAAGUGUCUCAAUCUCAACAUCUCCAUCGGACUCUGCCUCCAACCCGGUCAUCACUAGCGUGAGCACUGUCAGCUCUUCUGUCAGCACAACCACGAACUUAGCCAAUACUAGCACGCCCACUCCGACUUCAUCUGGACCGACAUCAACGUCAGCCUUGGGACCGCUAACAACCACCACUAGGCCCGCGGCGACCUCUAGCUCGCGCACAAACGCAGUCAACCCUGUGACACCGACCCCACUGGCCACGCCCAGGAUGUUCUGCAAUCAAGACAACUGCCUUCGUAACAUGAUCGAUCCACGCUACUCGUCCUCCAUGCGCAACUUCUGCUCGAAGUAUACAACCACGGCCUCCAACACCACGCCCCUGCCUAAUUUCUUGGGUGGUUGCGUUGCAGAUGCCAAGAGAGUCAGCAGCGCGUGCAGCUGUCUAAUCACGAGCUUUGGCACGGGCACGGCCACUGCUUCGAGCUCGGCGUUGACAGCUUCGGCCUCCCGUUCGGGGAAUCCAGCAUCGGGGAGACAGGUUCCUUCUUGGUUGUUGAAGCGCUCGCCUCUGCGAUGGAAUCGCCUGGCCGUCUAG